AUGUCACAACUAGACGACUUACCGAACCGGGAGCUAGCCGAGGAAAUUGAAGCAAUCAAUGCCAUAUAUGAGCCCGACACAAUCGCUAUAAGCCAGACGGCGUCUUCCACCAACAGCACCCUCGAUUUGGGCAGCUCCCGGUCACUAAAUGACCCCGCACAAACGACGGUGACACUCCAGCUACCUGGCCAGCCGCAUCUGUCCUUUGUAAUUGGGUUUGGCGCAGCGUAUCCCGAGACACGGCCUUAUGUUAUUGGGACAGCGUCAACCGCGGCGCGGGGGGAGGGCAAGAUCGCUGUCGAUGUCUUGGAAGAGAUUGUGCAGCGGACAUGGCAGCCUGGUGCUGUUUGUCUAUUCGACGUGAUUAGUGAAGCCGUCGAGGUGUUUCCGGAGUUGAAUAUUGGGGGUAACAAAGAUGGUGAACAAGCCAUAGCGACCGAAUCGAUCUCAGCCGGCCAACCUUCAAGUUCAAGAGAGAAAGCCGACGAAGAUGCCACAGUUCCAACAGAAGACUUCGCCACUCUCUCAUUAAAAGACGCAUUCGGGAUCGAUAGCCCGCCCGAUUGGGUCCUCUCUGAUGUUGUGAACGAGAAGAAAUCCGUAUUCCUCGCCCGAGCGGUGCAGAUAGCAAGCAUGGCGCAAGCGCAGGCAUACCUGGAUCAUCUGACGGCUACAGACAAAAAGGCCGCAGUGGCGACACACAAUAUAUCUGCCUGGCGCAUUAAGCAGAAGAAGGAAGGAGGCAAGGGCGGUGCAGAUGCUGGGGAAGCCAUUGUGCAGGAUUACGACGACGAUGGGGAAACUGCUGCAGGGGGUCGGCUACUACAUGUCAUGCAGCUAAUGGAUGUGUGGAAUGUUCUUGUGGUGGUCUCGCGAUGGUAUGGUGGUAUCCAACUAGGACCGGCACGGUUUCGUCUCAUCAAUGAUGUCGGCCGGGAUGCUUUGGUUAAGGGUGGAUUCCGAAAAGAGGAGACAUUGGCGACUCCGGAGAAGGGAAAAAAGAAGGGGAAGAAAUGA